AUGGCCGUCAGAGCCGCUCAACAGGACUCGAGGCUGAAUCGCGCGAUGCACGGCUUCGGACCCCCAGACCCAGUUAAACGAGCCAUACACAAGAUCAGGAGUGAGCAUUCGUGGCGAAUGGAAGAAAACGGGCUCAACUUCGGGGAAAUAAUCAGCAAGAACAAGAAAGUGCUGAGGGAAGCCAAGCCUCUCGAGAGGAGUCGCCAGACUGCACGCGAUCAAGCUGAGGCGCCUACCUUGCCCACGCUAAUCCUGGGAAACACUCAGCCUCUUAGGAAGCUGGCUCAAUUCGCUGCGUCCAUCGUGCCUUCUGAGCAUUAUUCCGGGGUCGCGAGGAUCGCCGAACUUGAGGGCCUGCCCAUUACUACUCCAGUUGUCGACACUCAGGCACCAGGCAGACUUGUUGCAGAGGCCCAGCGAGAAGAUGGCGAGUUGGCUGCCAAGCGCCAGCGCACCGGGUUCAUUGAGAGGCCGCUGAAGGACAGCACUGCUGCAGUGCAAUUUCAGCGAGGACCCAGAUGUCGCUGA